ACUCUAGGGGGUGUGUGAGGAGCGGAGGAGCAGGAGUGGGCGGGGCCCGAGAUUGCCCCAUCUAGGGUGUCUAGCCCUGAGGUGUAGCGGGUGCCUCUGCCUGAGACAAGGAUGGCUGCCUCUGCGCUCCAGCUGUGGCGUGCCGGCGGCCUGCUUCGAAGAAACAUCCCAAUGUGCUUGUCUUCUUGGAAGGAUCCUCCUCGUGUCCUAAAAUCCUCGAAGCCGGCUCCAGUCAGUAUGACAAAUAAUUCAGUGGCCUUUGCACCUCUCCAGACAUUAACUGAUGAGGAAAUGAUGAUGAAGGAAGCAGUUAAAAAAUUUGCACAGGAACAAAUUGCUCCUUUGGUUUCAACUAUGGAUGAAAAUUCAAAAAUGGAGAAAUCAGUGAUACAAGGAUUAUUUCAACAAGGGCUGAUGAGCAUUGGAAUUGAUGAAAAAUAUGGAGGAACUGGAGCUUCCUUCUUCUGCUCUGUCAUAGUGAUAGAGGAGCUAGCCAAAGUGGAUGCAUCUGUGGCUCUCGUGUGUGACAUCCAGAACACAAUAAUUAACAACCUGUUUGAAAAACUCGGUACAGAAGAACAGAAGGCUACCUAUUUGCCUAAGCUGGCUACAGAAAAAUUAGGGAGCUUCUGCCUUUCUGAAGCUGGAGCUGGUAGCGACUGUUUUGCUUUGAAAACAAGAGCUGAUAAAACUGGAAGUGACUACAUCAUCAAUGGGUCCAAGACGUGGAUUAGUAAUGCUGAACAUGCAGAUAUCUUCCUGGUUUUCGCAAAUGCAGACCCCGCCUCUGGUUACCGAGGCAUCACCUGCUUCUUAGUAGACCGAGAUACAGAAGGUUUUCAUAUAGCGAAAAAGGAAAACAAGAUGGGGAUCAGAGCUUCUUCCACCUGCCAAUUAACAUUUGAGAAUGUCAAGGUUCCAGAAACCAGUGUUUUGGGAAAAGUUGGACAUGGUUAUAAGUAUGCCAUAGGAAGUCUUAAUGAAGGUAGAAUAGGAAUUGCUGCACAGAUGCUAGGACUGGCCCAAGGAUGUUUUGACUACACCAUUCCAUACAUUAAAGAAAGGAUACAGUUUGGCAAGCGAAUAUUCGAUUUUCAGGGGCUCCAACACCAAGUGGCUCAGGUGGCCACCCAACUGGAAGCCGCGCGGUUACUAACAUACAACGCUGCUAGGCUCGUAGAAGCCGGAAGGCCAUUUAUUAAAGAAGCAUCUAUGGCCAAAUAUUAUGCAUCAGAGGUUGCUCAAUUGACAACGAGUAAGUGCAUUGAGUGGAUGGGAGGAGCUGGCUACAUCAAAGAUUACCCUGUGGAGAAAUUCUUCCGAGAUGCAAAGAUUGGUACAAUAUACGAAGGAACAUCCAACAUCCAGCUGAACACCAUUGCAAAGCACAUCGACGCAGAAUUCUGAUACCUCUAGUGUCACUGGCGUGCCACUUCCAACUGUUGUGCCUUGUUAAGUGGAGCCUGCAGAGCAUUGCAGUGUUCUGUUUGAAGCCGCUUGUCCUGGUUCUCAGGCCUGGUUUUUGUCCUUUCUCUACCCAAUCUACUCUAAAACUAUUUUGAAGCUUCUCUACACAUUUAUUUUUCUCAUCCUAGUUUCUGAGUAUACAGAAGUUUCACUAUGCCAGCAUCUGGGAAGAUGAAAACAUUUGAAGUAUUGGUACUGCUGACAGAAAUAGUCACUUUAUAUUCCUACUAAAUCUUUGUACUGUGGUAUAAUUUAGAGGAUCAUUUGUUAUAGUCGGCAACUUUUAUUCAAUACUUUAUAGAUUCAAUGGUAAGUUGCUAAACAAGGUAGAAACUGAUAAAAUUUAUUUGGAAAAUUGAGAACUCCUAGUUUUAAUGUCAAAGAAAAAGUAGACAAUAAAGAUGUAACUUGUAGGCCAUAUAAUUGACAAAAACAAACGCCCAAAAUAUUAUUUUCACCACCAAAAGCUGUAUGUUUGGCUGCUAUAAUUGACCUGUAUGAAAGAUGUGUUACAUGACGGCUCUAUCAAGACAUUUAAAAGCAUGUCCCUGUAUUAAUUUUCAACUAUAAAGUUUAAAUAAUUUGGCUUAAUUAUCUGAAAAUAUUCAGUUAUAAUAUUCAUUAGAUCAUGCACUAUUUUUAGUAGUAUGAUUUAUUAUUGCACUUUAAUUAUUUUUCUCCUCAAAUUUGGUUAUUGAACUUUAUCCUAAAUAGUAAUUAAUCGAGAAAUUUGAUUUUGGUUUUAGUAAUUCUCAGGAGAAAUAUUUUACCCCUAUAAGGAAAUAAUAUCACAAUCUCACAAGGAAUGGAGAACAGGAGACUAGAUAGUCUGAAAAGGUACAUCCGGUAUAAAUAUAUGUAGUUAUUUAUAUAGUGUAUUAAAUAAUUUUUAUUGUGAAGACAAAGAUCUAUGUUUUACAAUGCAAAUGACAAACAGGCAAACCUAAUCAAAUGCCCAGCUGGCGAAGCUAUUGAUCAGUGUUAGGAUUUUUUAGUCAAUUGCAGACCCUGAGUCCUCUGGAGAGAGAAGUGGACAGUGGACAAGAGAGUUUCACAUUUCCUGAGGAAACACCACAUUAUGCAUGAAAAAUGCCCCAAGGCUCAUACGGUUGCUGACAAUCAAUCAUUGCUGCUAAAUAGAAAGUAUUUCAGUGCUUUUGUACAAGGAUAAUGUUUAUUAAGAAAACCUGACAUUUCCUAAGUAAUUUUGCUUUGCACAGUCAUGUUUAUUGAGCUGAAUUAAUUUCCACAAUGCAAAUCAUAGUUAAAUAUUCGAGGUUGUGUAAAUACAGUUGAGAUAGGAAUUACAUUAAAACAGUAGGAAGAAACAGGACAAUUUUAGACCUUGAAUCCAAAGUGAUAAAGUCUACUUGACUUUCAAAUGGGAAAAUGAUGAAAGCCCCUCAACCAGUCCUUCAGAACAUAAAGGCUGAUGGGUCUGAUAAGAAAAGCAAGGAAUGGAUCCAAUGCCCUAACGGGGCUCAGACAACUUUAAUUUCUAGGUUUACGUGAAAGCGGUGAACUUACAGAUAAUGCAGUGGGAGUCAAUAUGAGUAAACAGAGGAUUACCUUCUCUAGAAUGAGAGACACGUGGAAGUGUGAUAAAUACCAUGUUCUAACUCACAGCACCAGAGUCACUCACUCUAUUACAUAUCUGGACUUUAAAUGUGUCCAUAGAGUUAUAAUUUUGUAUAUGUAUUUUGUGUAUUUCACAAAGGAUAGUUAAUAUGAAUUAAUUAUUAACAUAAUUAACAUACAAGCUUUUCUUCUUUUGUUAGUGAACCCUUGUAUUGUUUCACCAAAGAGAGUGUUUGGGAGUCUACUUGUAUUUCUUACUUUAUGGUUUUUCUUCUGAUUUCUGUGACUUUGUAAUCUGUCAUGAAACUAUGGACUUUGAGUUUGUAUCUGGUAGGAACCUAAAGCUGUUUGUUAAUUUGAGGACUGAGAUGACAUGGGGCACAGGAGAUAAAGAACUGACCUGGUGUGUAUACAGGCGGAACUAGUUGCCGAGUUUGCAUUGUUAGAGAGCUCACUUUAUCACAUCAGAAUCAAUUAAAGAAUCAAUGCCAAGGACUUGAUCAUGGAACUUUAAGCCUAAAAAGACCGUAGACAACCAUAAAGGUAGCUCUGUCAAUUCAAAA